AUGAAGGAUAUGAGGCUGAAGGGAGAGGCCACGAAAGGCAGGGAGUCAGGUGAUUUGCGUCUUCUUGCAUCUCAAUCUUUCGUCUCAGCUACUACGAUCACCACCACCACCACCAUCACCAUCACCAUCACCAUCACUACUACUACUACUACUACUACUACUACUACUAUGCCUGCCAACGAAGUGAGUACACUCCCAAAUGCCUCGUAUCCAUAUUCCCCUCACUUCCAGUCAUUGACGGCGGUAAUUAUUCGAGUAUAUAACAUCACUCACUAUCCUUCAUCCUUCUCACCGCAGUAUUUCUCACUUGUCAUAUACUUGCCCCUGAUGCUGACCGAUAUUCAUUACCCGGAGGAGGCCGCCGCCAAGGCGAAGAGGCGACGGGAGCUGAUGGAGCAGUUUUUUCGCCUGGAAGAUGAUUAUAUACGUCACCACCUCGACCUCGAGGAAAGAGAGGUGUAUUGGAGGGAGAGGGAGGAGAAGCUGAAGAAGGAGCUGGAGGCCACUCAGGCAUACCUCCGCCAUAUUCAAGAGGAGCUGGGGGAGUUGGAGGGGGUUACCGACGAGGACGAGGAUGAAGACAACUAA